UCAAUGAGCCAGCAUAAUGACAAACCGUUGCUAUUUUUGAGUGUGUGCCCGCACAUAUAUGGAAGGCAACUCAUUUGGAGGAAGACGCAAAGAAGGAAAAAUGGAGAAGGAAUUGCUAUUAAGAGAAGGAGAAGAGGAAGGCAUAUCAUGGAGAGUGUUGAGAGAAGAAGUGAAGAAGAUGGGAUAUAUAGCAGGGCCAAUGGUGGCUGUAAAUGUAUCACACUACUUCUUGCAAGUUAUGUCAGUAAUGAUGGUGGGUCAUCUUGGUGAGCUUUCUCUUUCUAGCACUGCCAUAGCCAUAUCCUUCUGUGCUGUAACAGGCUUCAGUCUCGUUUUCGGUAUGUCGAGUGCACUGGAGACUCUAUGUGGACAAGCUUAUGGAGCUAAACAAUAUCGACAGUUUGGAAUUCGAGUUUACACGGCAGUAUUUUCACUCAAUCUUGUUUGUGUACCCCUCUGCAUCUUAUGGAUCUAUAUGGGAAAAAUUCUUGUUUUAAUAGGCCAAGACCCUGUAAUCUCACAAGAAGCUGCUAAAUUUGCAACUUGUCUUGUUCCUGCACUCUUUGGCUAUGCAACCCUUCAAGCGGUCGUUCGAUAUUUUCAGAUGCAGAGCUUGAUAUUUCCCUUGAUCAUAACUUCAUUGUUCGCCACUUGUUUCCACAUACUCUUGUGCUGGAUUCUAGUUUUCAAUUCUGGACUUGGUAAACUUGGUGCCGCAAUUUCAAUUGGUAUUUCAUAUUGGUUGAAUGUGAUUUUACUUGGAGUCUACAUGGUGUUCUCCUCUAGUUGUGCUGAAACCCGUGUUCCUAUAUCUAUGGAGCUGUUCAAAGGAAUUGGACAAUUUAUUGGUCUUGCUAUCCCUUCUGCUGUAAUGAUUUGCCUUGAGUGGUGGUCGUUUGAGUUGCUUACAAUGCUUUCUGGGCUUUUACCAAAUCCAAGGCUUGAGACUUCUGUUCUUUCUGUGUGGUAUGUCACUAAGCAUUGUCUCCAUAUGUACUAUAAGGGGUCUGCCUGGCAUCGAGAUUGUAAAUUGUUUAGCAACCAUCACAACACUAUACACCAUUCCGGAUGGAGUAGGUGCGGCAGCAGCACUAGAGUUUCAAAUGAAUUAGGAGCUGGAAAUGCAAAAGCAGCAUAUGUAGCUGUGUGGUGUGCAAUGGUUGUUGCAACAAUACAAUCAAUUGCAGUAAGCGCAAUCCUGCUAGUGACAAGGCAUGUGUUCGGAUAUGUUUUCAGCAAUGAGAAAGAAGUUGUGGAUUAUGUCACAGCUAUGGCUCCUCUUGUAUCUCUAUCUGUAAUAUUAGACAGCUUACAAGGAACCCUUUCAGGCAUUGCCAGGGGAUGUGGGUGGCAGAACUUGGGGGCUUAUGUCAAUCUUGUAGCAUAUUACAUUUGUGGAAUUCCAGUGGCAGCUGUGUUGGGAUUUUGGUUGAAUCUUAGAGGGAAAGGCCUUUGGAUUGGUAUACAAGUUGGUUCCUUUGUCCAAAUUGUUUUGCUUGCUAUCAUAACAAGAAGUACAAAUUGGGAACAGCAGGCAAUGAAGGCAAAGGAGAGGGUAUUAGAAGGAACAUCUCUUAUAGAAGAAAUUGGAACCAAUUGAAGGAAGAAUCUUGGCAAGCAAAUGUUUUUUCGGUUUCUUAUUGGGUCUUAACAGUGGAAAAAAAGAUUGUUGCCUUUGCUAUGAGUUUUGUACCCUUUUCCAUGUCUUUCAGCAUUAAAAAGUGAAAUGCUGGUUGUGUGGACUGCACAGAGCAGGCAGAUUGGACACCAUUGACUCAAAAAUAAGUUAGAUUUUGGCGCUUACCAAAAGAAUGCUAUUACUGGAGCACUGUAUUAACAGAAAUUUAGGAGUUAAAGCCUUGAAUUUCAUUAGAAAUAAAGAGUUUGAUUCUUGACAUA